AUGGAUCACCACGCAAUGCACCAUGACAUGGACAUGGACCACGGUGGUCAUGGUGGUCAUGGUGAUAUGGAUAUGGGCGAAGGACAAUGUAGUAUGAAUAUGCUAUUCACUUGGUCCAGCAAAGGCCUCUGCAUCGUCUUUCGCCAGUGGCAGGUAACCGGGCUCGCGUCUCUUCUGGGCUCCUUGGUUGUGAUCGUACUUUUGACGGCCGGGUACGAGGGCGUGCGUCAACUAACGAGGCGGUUUGAGACGGCCCAUGCAAGACGGUUGAAUGCAUUUACGUCGUCUGCUACGACCGGGGGCAAUGACUUCGCCGACGAUCCUGCCCCGGAUGGCUCCCCUUAUCGUCCAGCGACUCAUCUUCCCGACGCGAGCUCACCGCUACUUGUAGGCAGCGACAAUCGCCGGAGACUGGAGCAGAGGGGCAAGAUCAUCAUGGCCCUUUUGUAUGCCGUGCAGGUGUUCUAUAGCUUCUUUAUCAUGUUACUUUUCAUGACCUAUAACGGCUGGGUUAUGAUUUCCGUGGCGAUCGGUGCCUUCGUGGGAUAUCUGGUCUUCGGGGACAAUACGUCGGCUUCUAAGACGGUGGCUUGUCAUUAA